AUGUCCGCCAAACCUUCCACUCAACCCACCUUGCCCGCCAGUCGGAAUCGCAACUCUCUCCUGUCCAAGUUUCGCUCUCCGCUCGGCCAACGAAAUCGAGGCAUUACCGACUUUUACAUCGAUCCGGAUGACCCAUGGCGCUCAUAUUUCCCCGGUGACGUUAUAAAAGGCACUGUCGUUGUGACCGUCGUGCGACCGGUUCGCAUCACACAUAUCGUCGUAUGCCUUCAUGGCUACGUCAAGGUGUUUAAGAAUGCGACUCCGGCAGGAGAAACAACGCCCGACUUGGGGUUCUUAGGACCUGGGAGGGGCCGACGUGGUGCAGAAUACCUGGGCAAUGGGUUAGCAACGUUGUUCGAGGACGAGGUUGUGCUUUGUGGCGAUGGACGUUUGAAAGAGGGCAUCUACAAGUUUCGAUUUGAGAUGGGGCUUCCUCCUUAUGCGCUUCCUAGCAGCAUCAAUUUCGAACGCGGGACCAUUGGCUACUCGCUUACCUCCACCCUCACUCGACCGACUACCAUGAACCCUACCCUCACCUGCCGCAGACGAGUCAAUAUUCUAGAAAACAUCGACAUAGCGCCAUUUCCUGCCCCCAGGGCGCGCAUUGUCACACUGGAGCCGAUCUCAAAGCGCUCGAAAUCGAAGGGAAAAGCCAAGUCAACAAGUUCCGAUGCAACUGCAGCACCCGACACAUCCUCGGUUGAUACUCCAAUAAGCGGCGCGGCACCUUCUGUAGAUACCAGACCACCGCUGAGCCCUUCUCCAAGCAACGUCAGCUCAUCCAGUCCGCCCAGCGAAAGCAGUCAAAGCUUUCGAAUCACUUGUGAUCCCAGUUCAUCCGCAAGCACGGGUGGUCAGAAUAGCGAAGGUGGCAGUGUGACCCCAUCUCUCUCAGAUAAAACCAUCACUGCAAAGGCUGAGCUUCUGCGCGCCGGCGUGCUCCCGGGUGAUACCUUACCCGUCACAGUCACAAUCAACCAUAAUAAGCAAGUGCGCAGUGCGCAUGGAAUCGUGAUCACUUUAUAUCGUCAAGGUCGCAUUGACCUUCAUCCCGCAAUUCCCAUUGGUACUACUGUGGCCGGGAAGAAACCGGUCUACGAAGACGUCUACCCUCGCUCACGGACUGGACUUGGGGGACUUACGCUGGGAACAAGUCGGACAACAAGCACUUUUCGCAAAGAUUUGUCACAGACAUUUGCCCCAUUGGUUGUUGAUCCCAACACCAUGACUGCCAUUGUAAAAACUUCAAUUCGGAUACCGGAAGAUACAUUCCCGACUAUCACGCGCGUGCCGGGAGCCAUGAUCAAUUUUCGGUAUUAUGUGGAAGUUGUAACCGACCUGCGAGGCAAAAUCACUUCACCAGAUCGCUUCAUCCCGCGUUUCAACAUGGUCUCCGGCGGUACCACUUUUUCGCCCAGCGGACAAGUUCUCAAUCCGGCCGAUUCAAGCGGCGUCACAGCCAACUGGGCCGGCAACAUAUUGGACACGGAUUCGAUCCGCCGUGAGAAGGGUGUGAUUUCAGUGGCAUUCGAAGUCGUCGUUGGGACGCGCGAUUCACAACGAAGAAAAACUUCAAAACGUACAUUGUCUACGGCUGGCCAAUCGACAACGUCGCAAACAGCGCCCCCCACGUCUACAAUGAUGAUUAAUCCAGUGGAUGGGGAGGAGUGGCCAGAGGCCAGUCCCAUGCACAACUAUCAUACUGAAAAUGGGACACAUGAAGAUUAUUUCCCCGAGCGGGCCGAUUGGGCAGAGUACCCGGAAGAGUAUCCUGAACGUUUCCAGCCAAUGGACCCCAUGAUUGCUCCUCCCGAAGUCGAGGAGGAACCCGUUGACGAGAAAACACGGGUACGACGCCACGAAGAGGCUCUCUUACCUAGCCAGCCACCGGAGGAAGAUGAGGCAGGACCAUCAACUGCAUUCAGGGACGUUCCGACAGCGCCGGUCCUGCCGGAUGAUCAUCAUCUCCAAGAUUAUCAGCAUGUGCCUUCGACAGAACCAAACGGCAGGCCGCAUGCAGUCCGCUCUGCAGAGUCCCUGCAGACUGUCGUUGUAAAUGGCUCCGCCGGGCCAAGUGAACCACGUGUCUCAGUCGACGAUAAACAAGAGCUCGAGCGUCAGCGACUUGAGGCGCAGGCAAGCGGACCCCAAGAUGAGCAUCAGGAACCGGAGUCCAGUGUUGGGCCCAGUGCGCCCGUCUUCGAUGAGGACGACCAGUUAGUCGGUGGGACGGCGCAUGCUGACGAGUCGUUGCCUCGGUAUCAGCGAUGA